AUGUAUAAAAUUUUUCAUCGAGUUUUUCAAAACUUAAUUAUCAAUAAUUUAAAUAAAUAUUCUUUUAUUACUUAUAAUCCAUUGAACUUUAGCACAUCAUGUCAGAAAUACACAGCUGGAUUAAUUAUAAUUGGAGAUGAAAUAUUAAAAGCGCAAGUGAAGGACACUAAUUCAUAUUUCAUGUGCUCACUUUUGUAUGAGCAUGGAGUUAAAGUUGAAAAAGUAAAUGCGUCCCAGAGAUUCAGCGGGAUUCUGAUGAUCGCUAAUCUGAUCUUCCGGCUCUUUUCGACCAAGUAUCUGGUGAAAAUCGGCCAGCAAAGAGGCGGAACUCUUGCUACAUUAUUUCCUUCUGGAGCUGGAGAGUUUGGAAGACAACAGUACGAAGAUAUUUCCUACCCAAGAGUAUCUAAAUAA